AUGUCUAAUGUUGAUGAAGACGUUGGACAUACCGUGGUGCACUUCUUAUACACAGGCGGCUACGAGACAGUCAAUUCUCCUCUUGACGAAGGCAUAUCGGAUCUCGCUAGAGAGUACAAGAGGAGCGUUUUAGUCUACCAAGCGUCAAGGAUUUGGGGCCUUGCCGAUCUUAAAGUCCUUUCUCAGCAAAAGAUGCAGCACUUAGAUGAGGACCUCCCUGUGCUUGUAAUACUGCGAAUCAUGAGGGACAUUUUCUCAAGUCUUCCCACAGGUGAAACCUGGCUUCCAAGUUACAUUCAAGGAAACCUGCAGCGCUCGCUAAAGCCUAAUGAUCCGGGGCUUGGUUUACGCGAGUUUUACGAUGUUAUCGGCCAAGACCAUCGAUUUGAUAUUGCGGUGAUGAAAAUGAUUAUCGAGAUACUAUCUAUUCGCAUUGUUUCUAUGAAAGAACAGCAGGUGAAGACACCAAACGGCAUCGUCUCAAAUGAAACCCCUCUUGAAGGGCCUGUUUCCGAAGUGCCUGAGCCUGUCCCAGCCGAGGCUGAGUCUUUCGUCGAAUACUCUGAGCCUGUCUCUGAAGAGCCUGAUCCUGUCUUUGAAGGACCUGAGCCUGUCUCUGAAAAGCCUUAUCUUGUCUCUGAAGGACCUGAGGCUGUCCCAGCCGAGCCUGAGUCUUUCAUCGAGAACUCUGAGCCUGUCUCUGAAGAGACUGAGUCUUUCGUCGAAGAACCUGACCCUACCCCAGAAGAGACUGAAUGUCUCUCCGAAGAGCGUGAGCCAAGUACAUGGGAUCUCCCUGCUGAAGCGGAUGGCGGACUUUGGAUCAUUCCUCGAGUGCCUGCUGAGGUUGGCGACUGGCCGCGCCCUUGGUUGUUGCCCGAAGAUACGCCAAAUGCCGAAACACAAGAAGCUUCUGAUCAGGCCCACAUAGCGAAGAUUACAUGCUCAGACUUAAAAUCUGUAUGA